UAAACAAAAAUCUAAACCUCUGACACUUACUUUUAGAAGACAAGAGUCAUCAAGUUCUUUGGCUUCUUUGGCUUCUACUUCUGAAUUAAAUAUAUUAAAUCCAACAACCUCUGGAGGACGCCAAUUAUCAGCUGUCUGGGAAUUUUUUGACAGACAAAAAACUAAAUCAUCUGGGCACUUUUCAGCAAAGUGUAAAUACUGUUCAGCUAAAUGGGCAAGAGGCAACCCAUCAAGACUUGAGGCUCACCUUGCAUUACAAUGCUCUAAAGUAGAUGAUCAUGUUCGUCAAAUAUAUUUGCUCCGUAUGGCUCGUUAUGAUAAUUAUGAAGAAGAAAUGCAAUCUGAAAAUUCAACAGUUACUAAAAAAAGAAAAUCAAAUAAUGGGCAGUCUAUUCUUUCUAAUUAUUUUCUACAAAGUUUAGAAAAUAGUUUAUCUGAAAGACAAAUAAACUCUAUAAAUAGCUCACUAUUAAAGGCCUUCGUAGUUUGUGGAAUACCAUUUUCUGUAAUAGAAAAUCUGUUUUUUAUUGACUUUCUUCAAAAUUUAUGCCCAAAUUAUUCGCCACCAUCAAGUGAAACCUUAUCUGGACGAUUAUUAGACCAAGAAAGUUCUAAAGUUACUAUUAAACAUGAAACUAUUUUAAAUAAAUCAAAUAACUUAACCUUAG